AUGCAGGAGCCUGCACUAGAUUUUGUUGUGCAUCACGACAUCAACCACAUUGUUCCCCGUCCACGACUUCAUCUUCUCCCCAAACCGAUAUCAUGGAUUCUGGGGUAUCGAUCUCAACCCAUGCCCCAAAUUGGGAGCGUGUUGGUCUGGUUGUGGGCGUUCGUGGGUGCCUUUGCUGGACUUUUGGUUGUGCAGGCUGUGUUCCAAUCUAAAGGAAUAAAAGUCCAUGGUGCCCCGACAGUGAUUGCAAGCUUUGGUGCGGCUGCAAUCCUCGAAUAUCACACAAUUGAUUCGCCCCUCUCACAACCACGCAAUGUCAUUCUCGGCGAACUAUUCGCUGCAAUCAUCGGGGUGGGAAUCACGAAACUCUUCCAACUGAACUCAAACUUCGAAAAUCUGCGCUGGGUUGCAGGUGCGCUGUCCGUCGGAAUUACAUCAGCUUUCAUGGGGUUCACAAACACGAUUCACCCACCUGCAGGAGCCACGGCCCUACUUGCAGCCACCACACCCGAGAUCACAGAGCUGGGCUGGUUCCUCAUACCUCUCAUUCUGCUUGGCAGUGUUCUGCUGGUAGCAGUUGGCUGUGUUACAAACAAUAUUCAACGACAAUUUCCGAUAUACUGGUGGACUCCAGUCGAUUUAUGCAGACCAAAUGGAGUCGAUAUUGAGAAACAAGGUCAAGUCGGUGAAAACGAUACUGGAGUUCUGGAAGGGUCACCCUGUGAGAAAAGAUCUACGGCAGGGCGGCCUCACAUAAUGGUUAGCGACAGACUUAUUUCAAUACCUGAUUGGUUGUCUCUUGAUUCAGAAGAGAGGUGGAUGCUGGAAGUCUUGAGGUCCAAGUUAAGAGAAGGUCUCGGAAGUACCAGCUCGAGAGUCACAGAGGGAACACUUGUUCAUGACCCAGACUCAUGUUGA